GGAGUGGAAGAAGGGAGGGUUUAUCAUGAAUCUGUCGAGCUCCAGUCCGUCGACUGGAUCCCAGUAACUGUAAGACUUCCUCGAUAAUUGUUUUUAGAACGCUCUCGCUUUUAAUGCGUUUCUUCCUGCCUCACUCAGUGCCAAACAGCUCCAGUAGAGAGGCUGCGUGAUUCUCCUUUAUUUAGUUUGAAGUACAUUUUUUGAAGAUGGAAAAAGAAUACCCACCACAGCAACAAGCUCCACCUUACCCUGGGCCGCCUAUGAACUAUGGCGGUGCAAUGCCACAGCCAGGGCCGAACGCUCAGCCGGGCUACUACCCCGCAGCACCCCCACCCAUGCAGGGAGAUGCUCCAGCCACUGCUGUUCCUGCCACAACAGUGACUCACGUGAUUGUAGGACAUGUACUACAUGACGUCCCAGGACAAACUGUCUGUCCCCACUGCCAGCAGUCAGUGAUCACCAGUACAGAGCGCACAGCAGGCCUAAUGACCUGGGCUAUCUGUGCUGGCCUCGGCCUCUUUGGGUGUUUUCUUUGCUGUUGUAUACCAUUCUGCGUUGAUUCCUGUCAAGAUGUGGAGCACCGUUGUCCUUCCUGCCAAAGAGUCAUCUACGUUUACAAGCGAAUGUGAAACCAACUGUGAUUAAGGAAGAAGACCUACAUUCUUAUCUGCAGCUUUACUUGCUCUUUGAUUAUUUUUACACUGAUCAAAAUUAUACCCUAAAAUACAUUUAUCCUAUUGCUGACAUUGUCAUAGUCAUUUUGCUACUUUUUCACAAUUCAAUGCUAAUGACAUAAGCCUCACACUGCAGGGAGUCAUAUUAAGCAGUGAGUGGUGAACUUGUAAUUCAAUAAAAAACUGAUGCCAUUAUUAUAUUAUUUCAUAAUACAAACACAAACAAUUAUGUUGAUGAAAGAUAUACAAAAUAACUGUGUCUUCUAUAGUUAUGAGUCUCUGUAAAACCAAGACAACAAGAUUAACCACUGAUAAGAGAAAACAGAUGUUGUAAUUUUUAUUAGCAGUUUUAAUUUUGUAUUCACCAAUAGUUCUUACACAUGUGGUCGACACGGAUAUACUCACAAAAGAAACAGUAAAGAUAACAAAGCAUAAAAGGGUACACAUUUGUGAGUGUAGAGAGGGUAGAAUCUGUUUGGAUAAUUGUCCUGCAGUCUUUGCAGGAUGGUUUGUUGAAAUACAUGUAAUUCUUAUUCUAUUGUUGUUUUAUUUUGGCAUUGCCUCAGAGAAAUCAUGUUUUGUUAAAUUCUUCAAGGUAAUUUUUUUGGAAGGCUGUUGUUCCUUUGACAUGUGUGCCAUUGUGGUUUGCUGAUCUUUUUUCAACGUUUAUCUAUCCAACUAAUCCUCUAAUAACUCCAAAUAUGAAUAGCCGAGUAUUGAUUUCUAAUCUGCUGUUCCUAGACCUGCUCUUAUUAGAGAAGCACUGAGCGGUAAAACACCACAGCAACACUGAUCGACAUUAUAAUGUAAAAUACACUUAUCAUGCUGAAAUUGUCCUGGUUAUUUUUGCUUUUUCACAUUUGAAUGCUAAUGACAUAUGCCUCACACUUUGGGGAUUCAUAAUAUGCAGUGAGUGGUGAAUUAGUUAAAUAAAAAGCUGUUAUAUGAACAUAUUUUAUAUUAUAUUUGUAUACACAAACAA